GCAGCCUCAGUGUACUCAGGAGUGUUCACACAGAUCUUUAGAGAGGAGAGAGGCCAGGACAAAGUGUUCUGCUUCAUCCAUUUGAGUGUUCAGGAGUUUCUGGCUGCUCUUCAUGUCCACCUGACCUUCAUCAACUCUGGACUCAACCUCAUGGGGGAAAAAAAGUCACUGAUCUCUCAAGGUAAACUGAGCAGUCUAGUCCAGUUCUACCAGAGUGCUGUGAAUACGGCCUUACAGAGUCCAAACGGACACCUGGACUUGUUCCUCCGCUUCCUCCUGGGUCUUUCACUGCAGACCAAUCAGAGUCUCCUUCAAGGUCUGCUGACUCAGACAGGAAGUAGCUCACAGACCAAUCAGGAAACAGUCCAGUUCAUCAAGGAGAAGAUCAGUGAGGAUUUGUCUGCAGAGAAAAGCGUCAACCUGUUCCACUGUCUGAAUGAACUGAAUGAUGGUUCUCUAGUGGAGGAGAUCCAACAGUUCCUGAGUUCAGGACAUUUCUCCACAGAUGAACUGUCUCCUGCUCAGUGGUCUGCUCUGGUCUUCAUCUUACUGUCAUCAGAAGAAGAUCUGGAAGAGUUUGACCUGAAGAAAUACUCUGCUUCAGAGGAGACUCUUCUGAGGAUGCUGCCAGUGAUCAAAGCCUCCAACAAAUCUCUACUGGAUAACUGUAAUCUGUCAGAGAGAAGCUGUGCAGCUCUGUCUUCAGUUCUCAGCUCUCAGUCCUCCAGACUCAGAGAUCUGGAUCUGAGUUACAACAACCUGCAGGAUUCAGGAGUGAAGCUCCUGUCUGCUGGACUGGAGAAUCCACACUGUAAACUGGAGACUCUCAGGUUGAUGAGCUGUAGUUUGUCAGACAACAGCUGUGAAGCUCUGGGCUUGGCUCUGAAGAAAAACCCAUCCUAUCUGACAGAACUGGACCUGAGCAGGAACAAUCUGCAGGAUUCAGGAGUUCUUCAUCUGUGUGGUUUUCUGGAGAGUCCAGACUGCAGACUGCAGUCUCUGAGGUUGUGGACCUGCAGUUUGUCAGAGAUCAGCUGUGAAGCUCUGGGCUCAGCUCUGAAGAACAACCCGUCCAAUCUGACAGAACUGAACCUAAGCUGGAACAGAGACCUGCAGGAUUCAGGAGUUCUUCAUCUGUGUGGUUUUCUGAAGAGUCCAGGCUGCAGACUGCAGUCUCUGAGGUUAACAAGAUGCUAUUUGUCAGAGAUCAGCUGUGAAGCUCUGGUCUCAGCACUGAAGAAAAACCCAUCCAAUCUAACAGAACUGGACCUGAGCGGGAACAACCUGCUGGAUUCAGGAGUUCUGCAUCUGUGUGGUUUUCUGGAGAGUCCAGACUGCAAACUGCAGACUCUGAGGUUGUGGAGCUGUGUUUUGUCAAAGAUCAGCUGUGCUGCUCUGGUCGCAGCUCUGAACUCCAACCCAUCCCACCUGACAGAACUAGAUCUGAGGAACAACAGCUUUCAAGUUUCAGAUGUUCAGCAGCUCCAGGAUCUGGUGGAGAGUCCAAACUCCAAACUUCAGACUCUGAGAUGGGGCUUGUGAGUGAUGUUUCUCUUGUUGGAGAAGAGAGGAAGAUUAUCAGCAGCUGGUGUGCAGAGAUGAUAUGACUGGAUGGUGUUCCUGUGAGGUGGAGAGCAGAGUGAUGGAGGAAUAGAAGGAAGUGGAGAUGAGUGUCAGAGCUGCAGCAUGAACUGAUCUGAGAUCAGUUCCACUGUCUCUCUCAGCAUCACUUAGCUGGAACACUAAAAGGAGUCUGGCGGCAUGUAACUGUUAUGUAUCAGAGAUUAGAAGUGUUUCUCUGUUCUUUUUAGUUGUCAGUGUUCUGUCUCAAUCUUU